AUGGGUUUUAGUGAUCUUGGUUUGAUUCCUGAGUUAUGUUCAGUAUGUGAACGAGUCAAGUGGUUAUAUCCCACACAAAUACAGUCAGCAGCAAUACCCCCUGCUCUCGAAGGGAAGGAUAUUGUUGGAAUUGCAGAGACAGGCUCUGGUAAAACAGGUGCAUUUCUUCUCCCGAUAAUUCAACACUGGAUCAAAUCAGGCCAGCCGGUUGGUUUCGCACUUAUACUGGCACCAACACGAGAAUUAGCUCAACAGUUGGCCAGUGAAGCAGAACACUUAGGACAGUAUAAGGGCGAUGAAAUGGAACUCCGCUUACAAGUUAUUCGACUUGUUGGUGGUGAAGAUAUUGUUGAUCAAGCUUUAAAGUUAGCCUGGAGAAAACAUCACAUUAUUGUUGCGGAUGAUAACAGUGAUACAUCCAGUCAACAGAAUCAUCAUCGUAUUAUGAUAUUUUGUAAGAGAUGUCAUGAAACUGUACUAGUCUCAGAAUUUCUCCAUGAACGUGGUCAUUCUACAGUUGCAUUAACUGGUCGUAUGAAACAAAGCGAACGUAAAGAAUCAUUAAAUAAAUUUGUAUCGGGUGAAGUACAAAUCUUAGUGGCAACAGAUGUUGCUAGUCGGGGACUAGACAUUCCUAAUGUGGAAUUUGUUAUCAACUACAAUGUACCAUUAUCUGAGAAAACGUAUAGACAUCGUGUUGGUAGAACUGCACGUGCUGGUCAGAAAGGAAUAGCUCUAACCAUAGUCACACGUGAUGUAGCACCCGUGUUUCUAGAAUUAGAGGCAUCUCUAUUACCAUAUCUACCAAAAUCUAAGGCUGAAGUCAGUAGCUCUUCUCCUGGAAUACCUCGUUGGCCAAUUCCAGUUCCUGAUUUAAACGGUCGUGAUAGUAUACUUGUCCGUCGGCGGUUAGCUGAUCAAGCUUGGUCUCGAGCUUCAAAGACGAUUAGAGCACAGAUAGCAAGUCAAAAACCUGUCGACAAUGAUGAUCUCCCUAAUUUAGACUUACCAAUGGAUGAAGAGAUACUUCAAGAGUAUGCUAAUUCAGAUAACAGUGAUGAUGCUGAAAGUGAUGACGAUAGUGACAAUAAUGGAAAGCGCUCAUCAUCAUCAUCCUCUGAUAGUGACGGUGAUAAUGACUCAUCAGCUGUAGAAAAACAGCCGUCAAAGCGUAAAUUGCCUAAAACUCCGGCAAACUUCAAGUUGAAAACAUCUGGUGAAGCUGGAAUAGCAGCUGCACGUAAAACGUGGAAAUGCAUAGCAAAGCUGAAUCAACAGCAGAAGAAGGAGCAAGCUGAGCUGGAAGAGACACAUCGUUUUAGCAAAUCAAUUGGAUGGGGUGUUACAUUUACAAAUAAGGAUAAUGAUGAGAUGAUGAACGAUAAUGAUGAUAAUAAUAUGCAUAACGAUGAAAUGAGCGACGAUGAAGACGACAAUGAGGCAGUUCGUUAUGAACAACCAAUCAAGACAAAAUAUGCCAAGAUUCAGGCAUCUAAGAAAGCAAAGAAAAAUAAACAAAAUAAGAAAUUCUAUGCAUAA